UGACAUUAAAUAAAUUCCAGACAAAAUGGCAGCCACAAAUCUGAUGAAACCCUUGGCCUCUUUGAGCAGAUUUGGGAGCCUUCAAACCCGUUCUGUCAGUUUGAAAGCUGCAAACAUUCCUAUUGCUAAGUACGGUGGCAGGCACACCGUUACCAUGAUGCCCGGCGACGGUAUUGGUCCAGAAAUGAUGGGAUACGUCAAGGAAGUUUUCCGAUACGCCGGAGCUCCGAUAGAUUUCGAGACGGUUCUUCUCGAUCCUACCACCGACAACUACGACGAUCUAUACAACGCCAUCUCUUCCGUGAAGAGGAACGGAGUUGGGAUCAAGGGGAACAUCGAGACCAAGAUGAACCGUCCUGACAUCAAGUCCAGGAAUGUUGAGAUGAGAAAUGAGCUAGAUCUGUUUGUUAACACGAUACAUUGCAAGUCUCAGCCUGGUGUAAAGACCAGGCAUGACGAUAUUGAUAUCGUGAUUAUGCGUCAGAACACCGAAGGUGAAUACGCAAUGUUGGAGCAUGAAAGCGUACAGGGGGUUGUGGAAAGCCUAAAAAUCACUACAGAGCCAAGCACUGAGCGAUUAUGUAGACACGCAUUCGAUUACGCCAGAGCCAACGGCAGGAAAAAGGUCACCCUCAUCCACAAGGCAAACAUUAUGAAGAUCACGGACGGUCUCUUCCUAGAGGUUGCCAAGAGGGUCUCCAAGGACUACCCUGAGAUCCAGCACGACAACAUGAUCAUUGAUAACUGUUGUAUGCAGCUGGUUAGCAACCCCUGGCAAUUUGAUGUUAUGAUCCUGACAAACCUCUACGGUACCAUCGUCACCAACUUGAUCUGUGGACUCAUUGGAGGACCCGGAGUAAUUGCUGGAGCCAACAUCGGACCCAGAUAUGCUGUUUUCGAACCUGGAACCAGAAACACUGGAACCACCCUGAUCGGAAAAAACAAGGCGAACCCCUGUGCCAUGCUGAAUGCCAGCGCUGAUAUGCUUUCACACCUAAACCUCCGAUACCACGCUAAGCUAAUUCAUGACGCUGUCUGGCAAACUAUUAAUGUUGACAUGAUUCAAACCGAGGAUCUUGGAGGACAAGCUACCUCCAUGGAUGUAGUCCAAAAUGUUAUUAGUCACAUUAAAGCUGCUGCAAAAUAGAGAAUCUUGUUAAUCCACCAAAUUUUUAAGUAGGAGUAUAUAAAGUUGUAACGUAUGAAAUUAUAUUUAGCAAUUAAAAUCAGAAGAAAGUUAAAGAAAGAUUUUUUAAAAUAUUAACAAUUAAGAAUGAUGCCUUUUUUGUCAUCGAAAAGAAUUCAAUUUCUAAUUAGAGAUUAUAACGUAGCUUUAUUUGCCCUUGAUAAAUAAAAUCUUCCAAUUGUUAAAGCUCCGCCAAAUCUAGUCUUGCUCCUAUUGAUAAUAGUUGAAUGUUGAACCAUGUUCAG